UGGCAUCAUCAAAAAGUUUCCCUCUAAAUGUCAAUAAAAAAUGUCAAAUUGUCUCAGAUGGUUUAUUUAAAAAAAAAAUAACAAAUUUAUUUACAUACUUCAGAAAAUGCAUUAAAUUCGUUUCAAACAUGAUUAUAGAGGACAUCCAAAAAGAAUUCUACGAAUAUCUCGCUGGAAAACAAAUCUACAUCAUAAUAAACAACGAUAUUGAUAGUAUAUGUUCUUGUAAGAUCCUCCAAACGUUAUUAACCCACAAACAUACGUUAUAUACAUUAGGAAUCGUGUCUGGAAUUAAAGAUUUGAGACGUACUUAUCGCGAAAAUUGUGAAGAUGUGAAAUGUUUCGUAUUAAUUAAUUGUGGGGGGACAAUAGAUUUAGUUGAUUUAUUAGAGCCGGAUGAAGAUGUGAUUUUUUUCGUUUUGGAUUCACACCGUCCCAUGGAAUUAUGUAAUGUUUAUAGUGAUGGGCAAAUACGAAUGUUGUUACAGCUAGAUGAAGAGCAAAAAAUACCUGAGUUUGAAGAGAUUUUUCGAGAUGAUGAAUCAGAAAAUGAAUCAGAUCAUGAAGAUGGUGAAGAAAAUAGUUCAAAAAGGCGUCGAUUAGAUGAAGAUGCAAUUUUAAAACGUCGUGAAAGGAGGGUUUGGGAGGAAAAUAGGAAUAAAAUUUUAUUCGAAUACAGUCAAUUUACGUAUUAUUCGAAACCUAGUGCCAUUUUUUUAUUUGAUUUAGCCUGGAAGUUAAAUAAAGACAACAAAGAUUUAUUGUGGUUAGCCAUAUUAUCAUUAACUGAACAAAUGGUGUUUGGAAAGAUUGAUAACACUCAGUAUGUCUUAGAAACAGGGAAUUUGCAGGCACAUGUUACAAGGUUGCAAAAUAGGGCUAACGAUACCGACGUUUUAACAUCAUUAAAAAUUAUUUUUGAGAAGGAUUUGAAGUUGUGUUUGUAUCGCCAUUGGACGGUGUCAUCCAGUUUAAAAUAUUCGAUGUUUACGGCGUGCAAAAUGAAAUUGUGGUCGUUAAAAGGCGAUAAAAAAUUACACGAAUUAUUAGCUGAUAUGGGGUUGCCCUUAGUCCAAAGCAAACAGAGUUUUAGUUCGAUGGAUUUAACGUUACGACAAGAAUUUCAAACAAACUUGGAACGUUUAUCAGAGAAAUAUGGCCUCGCCGAUAUAAUUUAUGCCUCAUUUACGCUUCAAUACGGGUAUAGAAAUAAAUUUGCAGCUUCUGAUGUUGUUUAUGGUUUAAUCGCUAUCCUUGAAGCAAGUGGAUUUGAAAAGAACCCAAACGAAUGCUUCCAUUCCGUUUUAGACGGAUUAUCGCAUUCCAAUUCUUCGGAAACGUUAAAAUCGGGGAUUGAGCGUGCCAAAUCCAUCGUUCAAACUUUAUUUAAAACUGUACAAAGUGCCUUAGAUAUGAAAUUAAUCAUUUCGGCGGGACCGUUUAUUUAUUAUAUAAUACAAGAGACUUGUUUGGAUUGGAUGAUGUUUUCAAAACCCCACAUCCUCUCAUUACUCGCCCAAUUUAUUUUAAGAGCUUAUGUGGUUAUGUCGAGGAAUAAAAAGGCUUCCACUCUUCCAUUAAUCAUCUCCGCGCCUUAUAAUUUAGAUACCGGAGUUUGCGUUUUAAUGGGAAUUCCACCUUUAUGUGAAAACUCCCCGAAAAAUUUAUUUGGAAAAGCUUUUGAACAAGCAGCUGAAAGGAUAAAUUGCGAUUCAUUUUGUGAUUAUUUCGAUACAGCCUAUUUUCAACUACAAACGAAGAAUCGAACGAGAUUUUUCGACUCGUUAACCACAUUACUCAGCUAAUUAUAAUUAGAAUUAGUCCUGAUCUCUUUAUUUACUUGAUUUUUUUUAUAUAAAAAGUUUGUUGUAAGAUUAACGAUUAAAUAAUUGUGUUUUCUCCAGCA